AUGGAUGAUUCGCAGCGUGAGUACCAGCGGAUGAUACGACGCCACAACUGCGAGAACAAAGAGCUACAGGCUCUCAUCCAUUCCAUGAAAAAUUCAGUUCCAAAGAGUGAAAAGAGUAGAAGAAAGCAGUUGCUUUUAGAUGUGGCCCGCCUGGAAGCCAAAUUGGAGCAGAAGCACAGCCAGGAGUUGGAGAAGUUCAGGGACAGCAACCCUGAAAUGAGCAUCCUCGAGACCGUCACUGAAGAUCUUGCCAAGAUGGAUCUUGAGAACAAGCCUCCCCACCUCACCAGAACACAGAGAAGGCGUGAAAGAAGGGCAGCCUUGGAGAGAGAACACCGGGAAAGGAUCACCGGCGUUGAGCUGGAGCAUCUAGCUGCCUUCCGCCGCAAUGAGGAGGAGAAGCUCGCAGUCAUCUUGGGGGUCAAGAAUCUAGAGAUGAAGGAUAUCCGGCCUGACGGACACUGUAUGUACCGCGCCAUCCAAGACCAACUGGUGUACUCUGUGACCGUGGAGAGUCUGCGGAACCGUACCGCUGAUUACAUGCAGAAGCAUGUCGACGAUUUUAUGCCCUUCUUCAGCGACCCAGAAACCGGUGACGUCUAUGGCCGCGACGACUUCCUGAGUUAUUGCAACGACAUCAUGUGCAAUGCGUCAUGGGGAGGCCAGCUCGAGCUGAGGGCCCUGUCUCAUGUUCUGCAGACCCCCAUUGAGGUGAUCCAGGCCGACUCGCCGGUUGUCGUCAUCGGGGAGGAGUACACCGCGAAGCCAUUGGUCCUGGUCUACAUGCGCUACACCUGCAACCUCGGUGAGCACUACAACUCGGUGAAGCCGCUGGAAGCCAGAGCCGCCCCGCGCCUCUUCUAG